AUGAACGGAAGUCAUGUUUCAAACCUCCUGCGACAUGACUGUGGUCUCGAGACCUUCGACGCCCGUGUCCACAGCACUCCUACAGUGGGACCUGAUGGAAGCGCCACGGUUCUGUUGCGACGGCACGGGCGGUUCAUAGAAGCCUAUCUCGAACCGGCUUUAGAAUACCGUGACAGCCUUCACCUGGCUCAGCGUCUUACUAAAGAGUCUCUUGUACGGGCAUGGGGCUCAUUGGCGAUCCAAAAUGGCGAUGCUGAAAAUGAAGUCGCUUCUCGGGCUACUAGAAUCAAGAUCACUAAGAUUCGCAUAUUGUCCGUGGCAAAAGAAGAUCUUCCGGACUGCGCGAGUCUUCAUGUGGCCUCUGCCAAGGACCUACCACCGAUCGAGUCACGAUUGAAUGACCGGCUCCUGGACGGUCGAGUUGCUGCAACGGCUGCCGUAUUCAGGCUCUUCUCGGGCGUUCAUGAGAUUUCGGUUCAGUAUCUGGCUCAGCAUGACUUCCAUCAUAUACCAACUCCGGCCUUCAUCGGCUACAGAUUUCCCGAGGAAGAUGACGAUUACUUCGCGCUGCAAUACUUUGACAAAACAGCCAGGUUGGCACCUACCGGUGAGAUAUAUCUAGGUAUGGCUCUUUCUGCCGACCUAGAGCGUGUGUAUGACUAUCAUACCGUUUUCCGCCGGGAGUCUGUUUCCGAUGGGCGGCAUUUGACCGAGUUCACGAUGCUUGAGCUCGUGAGCAACAUACGUCACGAUUGGACGGAAAUCCUCGAACUUGCGGAUAACCUUCUUGUUUCACUUAUCCGAUCCCUUCAAACGCAGGAGAAAUAUACGGCGCUGAUUGAGGCAGCAAAACGACUGUACCCCGCUGCGGGAACAUUCAAGCUGGGACUGAACAAAGAGGGGCGACUUCUACGGCUGCGAUUUGACAAAGCCAAACAGGUCCUUCGGGACCCGUUGGGUUUUAAGUCGAAUGACGAAGAUGAUCUCACGAGAGAGGAGGAGGAAGCCCUCGGCCGCUUCUUUGCAAGCGUUGAUUCAUCGUUGGGGCCUCCUACCGAUGUGUUUAUUAUUACACACUUCCCCCGGCAUUUGCGCCCGUGCAACGUGUAUCCAUCGGACGAUGGAGACAACACGAGCCAGUCUUUCGACAUCAUCAUGCGCGGGCAGGAAAUCGUUACAGGGUGCCGUUUGCUUCACUCUUACGAGGAUUUACGCAGUGCGUUCAUCAGUCGUCCGUAUCCCAUAGACCCCGACUCGCCUGAAUGGCGUCCCUACGUGAGAGCGCACGAGAUCGGCAUGCCGCCAUGGGGUGGAUUUGGACGUGAGUCUUUGUUUUCAUUUCCUGAACUGUUCCAUCAGCUCCACAUGCGUGUUACCCGACGUAGCUACACCUCUACGAGCUCGCCGUAA